AUGAAAGGUGACUUGUACAAGCAGGUCCAAGUGUCUGUAAUGUGAUGGUAAUUGAAAACCAAUUCAGUCUGCAACGUUCAUUAUGAGCAACUUUUAGCCUACCUGGAUUUUUUUAAGGGCAAUUACUUCAAAUCAGAGAGCUGCAAGCAUAUCAGUUUGUUCAGGAAAUAUAUUCACAACAUAAGCCACAAGCUGCCAUCAGGGACCAGCGCUGGUAUUUACAGUCUAUAGAUCCACAACCAGAUCAGUCUUAAUUCAAGAUACUUUGCAGUUUUAUGCUUAUCUGACCUCCCUCGUCUUGCUACCACAGCUUUGUUACUUUACAGCAUCUUCAAUCCUCCAUGCGAAGGAAAAAAGCCUGUAAAAUACACACCAUCCAAUUUACUAGACCCGAGUGGGAGUGUUAUUUUUUAUCAAAUGCUUUGUUCUCGGUCUUCCUGCUCCUCCGUAUUUGUUACAUCAUAUUUUCAAAGGUUUUUAUUUUAUUUUAAUAUUCCUGUAACCAAUAGUAUGUACUUUAUCGUUAUCUCAAUUGUCUAUUUGAAAUAUAUUUUUUAAACUGAUACAGUAGUUGGGGACUUUUUAUAAAGAUAUCAUGUUUGAGACAUUUUGAUGCAAGAAUGUAAGGGGAGAGAGGUUGAGGCUAGAGGAAGUUCAGGAGUAAAAACAAACAAAAUAGAAUUAUUGUAAAAUUGACUGUGUCCAUAAAAUUUAUAUAGUAUGUAUAAGCUGGAAGUAGAGGCCUAAGCAUUGUUGUUCACUAGUUUACUCCAAUUAGGGAAGGGGUGGUGGGGUUGGAAAUUAAUAAAGGUAAAUAUAUAUUUUUUAAAGGAUAUAUAUAUAUGUAUGUAUGUAUAUAUAUAUAUAUAUAUAUAUUUACGAGGGGGGAAAACAUAUUGGAAGUGAUGCAGACAAUUACAUUGAUGGAAGUUACAAUCUAUCUGCAAUAUUAAAGCUGAUCUACCCCCUAAAAAAAGAAAAAGAAAAAUAAAUAAAAAAGAAUGUAAGGGGAACAAUAGAAAAUGGCCUCCUGGCUUCAGGGACAUAAAUCUGCCAUCAGGGAGCACCGUAAUGAGUAAAUUGAAUUCUGUGCCUUAUGAUUUCAUAUUGGUUUCCCAUUAGAUUUGAUGUUCCAGGUUGAAACAGAGAACCUGGCUAAAAUGAAAGUCACUCACUCCAAGUAGUGUAUGUGGCAAGAGAGUUCUGCACAGUCCAUGAAGCACCAAGCAGUCCAAAGCACAAGGUCGCCGAAAUCUAGGCCCUCCUCUGGCUCUCUCUGUCCAUCACCUUACUAUCAUCUAAUGUUUCUCCCACUCAAAACCUUGACCCUCCACCCUCUCCCGCUGUCCAUUUCCUUCCCCCUCCCCCUCCCUGCUUUGCAUAAUUGAUGACCAUGAUCCCUUGCUCUUGGUGGAUUAUUAACUCUCUGCAGCGGGGCGGACAGCGAGCCGUAAAUGUCCUUUAUGUUGUCAUUUCUUACGCUGAAGCGCCGGCAAUAAUUGCCGCACCAGUUGCAUGUGCGUUAUGGCCGCAGAUCAAACUCCAUGACUUCUCUGCCGAAGUGAAAUAGCAACAGUAAUGACAUGUUAAUAACUAAAUAUAUUCACUGUUGUUAUCCAAAUCAUUCCAAAGGGUAGGUUUAACAAAGCAAAUAAAAUGUAACCAUACUUUAUAAGUCAUAUAUCAUAUCAUCUGUGAUAGUAUUUAGACCUAUAUAUCAUUUGCAAUUGACCAUUGGUGAGCAGGCAAGAGGCUGGAGGUAAGGUCUUUGCCAGCGACCCAUUGAUGGGCAUGGCAGCGUAGAUCAGCUCCUGGCCUCUCAUCAAAGAUACUGGUUGGUCACACACAACCACACACAUAGAGCACUGAUUACAUUAUCAAUGGUCGUUAUGAUUAGCAUGGUGGAAUCAACCUGAUCACUGCAUUCACCUUUCUAUUUACAUUUACAUUACAUUUUAGUCAUUUAGCAGACGCUCUUAUCCAGAGCGACUGACAGUUAGUGAGUGCAUACAUGUUUUCAUACUAUUUCACUUCAGAUAUCAUGAUAUGUGAAAUGAAAGAGAAUGGGAAACGCAGCGAUUAGGCUGGUUCCACCAGGCUAGGUUAUGAAGGUGAAUUGGGGCAAAACUCAAAACUUUUUUUACCUUUAACCAUGUCAAAAGUCACCAACCUGAUUCAAGUGUCCUCCCUGAUCCAUUUAUAGGAACGCUAACAAUGAGGGCAUGUCUGCGUGAUGCUAAGGGUCCCCUUGCUGGUCUUCUCUAUGUUGCAUGUUCGGCUGCAAACUGGACAUUUCUCGAACAACUGCAGCAGGCAAUACUCAUAAACAAUGUACUUCCUUAUGAGGUGGUGUUGACUGGGAGGGCCUCUGACAGGGUGAUACAAUAGACAGCCUUGUGGUAAAUUGCAUUUUGUUACAAGGAAAGGACAAAGCUUUUUGAUAAUGCACUUCACAACCAAAAUGACUCUACUACUUGUAUCUGCUUGGCUGGGUAAUUAACCAGGUAUUUUUUAAUACAACUUUUCACAUAAAACACAUUACCGUUGUUGUUGAAGCCGUUUGUGUCAUCAGGGCAGUAACUCGGGUCAAGCUAAUUCUAGGUCGUCACUAGUUACCACAGCCACAAAGUCAUAAAGGCCAGAGGAACAGGCUUUUACUGGCUACUCGAUUGAGUUUAUUUCCCCAUCUUCGGGAUUGAACUGCAGGGGGAAAACAGUGUGGUAUUUGAUGGGCAAGAAUAGCUCUAUGGCCCAUGAAAUAGUGUUUCCAGGCUUGUGCUGCAAAAAAACCUGACAGAUAUUAUUGGACACUUGUGAAAUAGUGCACACUCUCUUCUCUCUCUUUCUAUUCUUCCUGGUUUUCCAUCAUGCUGCAUCCUCUCCUCUGGUCUAUUUCCUCUCUAUCGUCCUGAGAGCAAAUGCUCUUAUUUCCUGUACGCAUCCUUGAACCUGCACACUGAUUUGUUGUAACCAGCACAUAAUAUGUAUGUACACAUAAUACAUUUUCCAUUCUCUGGCAUCCUACUUGUGUAAACCAGAUGUGUGGGUAUGCGUGUGUCUGUGUGUGUGUGUGUGUCUUUGUGUGUGUGUCUGUGUGAGUUUGUGCGUGUUUUAAGAACUGUCGAGUGUAAAUCCUAUUGAAAUCAGACAGAUUAAAGUAGAGGCAGAAUAUGUAUAUCGUGUUGUGGCCUGGGGGUUGCAAGGUAAAACACGCUACGAGAAGGAAAGAACAUUGGAAUAUUCACGUCAUUGAUAAUGCAAUUUAGUGCAGUAGUAACACAUUGGGGAUUUCUUUGUUUAUGAAGGUCAUAUGGCUUACGUAUCGUUUGAAUAGCUUGCCGUGGCUGAGUUAUUUUUUAAUCAUAUUUUGAAAAUAAUCCAAUAUACAGUAUGUUCCUUUGGUGAAAACACAUCUGAGAGAUUACCACAGGGGAGGGAGAAAACUGCUCUACGUUCUAAUGUCAGAUGGGUUGAGAAAGACGGAGUUCAAACACUCGGGGUAAUAUGUUUCAAGGUAUUCAGUUUUGGAGAGUCUAGGACAGGGUUGGGCAAUAAUUUUGGCUCAAGGGCCACAUCAGUAUUUUAAUUUAUUUUCUGAAAUAUUUGUUCCUCAAAUGCAAUUUGCGGGCCAGAAAAAUGGCAGUUAUUUGAAAACGUAUCUGUCCAUUAUAAUGUCUAUAUACUUUCUAUCUAGUUUUUAGAUGAUUAAUAACCCACAAUGAUAAUCUAUUUUUUUAUUUACUGAAACUUCCUGCGGGCCAGAUUGAAUGGGCUGUUAUCUCUCCCCUGUCUUCCGUACGAAAUGUGGCACACUCCGCUCACAUUACAAAGAGCUUAGAUCUCAGAUACAGUAUAGAUGUAGGAGCACGUCUAGCUCUGAUGGGAGGGUACCAUAGCUGGCAUGAAUACAUGCUCUGUACAGUAUGUUUUCCACGAAUGUGCCUCUCAAUAGUGUGAUCCUUUGAGAAACAUUUGAAGAGUUGCAUUCAUUAGGAUAUUUCAGAAAUACUGCAAUUGUGAUGAGUGUGAUGGAAAGGAGUCAGGCGCAGGAGGGUAAUCACCGAAUACAGAGUUUAUUCCUUCGUAGACACACAAAUGCGCUCCACUACUCUCACAAAUAACAAUCACCCACAAGGACAAGGGGGCAGAGGGAACACUUAUACACAGACUAAUUAGGGGAUAGGAACCAGGUGUGUGUGAUUGACAAGACAAGACAAUUGUGAUGAUGAUUUGGGCGGCAGUGGUUAGUAAGCCGGUGACGACGAACGCCGAAGCCUGCCUGAACAAGGAGGGGAGGCAGCCUCGGCCGAAGUCGUGACAGUACCCCCCCCCCUUGACGCGCAGCUCCAGCAGCGUGCUGACACCGGCCUCGGGGACGGCCAGGAGGACGCGGAGCAGGGCGAGCCCGAUGGCGACGGUGGAAAUCCCGCAACAGGGAGGGAUCGAGGAUAUCCCUCACCAGGACCCAGCACUGUUCCUCCAGACCGUACCCUUCCCACUCCACGAGGUACUGAAGGCCCCCCACCCGACGCCUCGAAUCCAGGAUGGAAUGGACAGAGUAUGCCGGGGCCCCCUCAAUGUCCAGAGGAGGUGGAGGAACCUCCCGCACCUCAGACUCCUGGAGCAGACCAACCACCACCGGCCUGAGGAGAGACACAUUAAACGAGAGGUUAAUACGGUAAUCAGGGGGAAGUAAUAACCUAUACGUGACCUCGUUGAUUCUCCUCAGGACUUUGAAUGGCCCUACAAAUCGCGGGCUCAGCUUCCGGCAGGGCAGGCAGAGGAGCAGAUUCCGGGUCGAGAGCCAGACCCGAUCCCCCGGUACGAAGACCGGGGCCUCACUGCGGUGAUGGUCAGCGUUGGCCUUCCGACGAUGCACAGCGCGCUGGAGGUGAACGUGGACAGCGUCCCACGUCUCCUCCGCGCACCGAAACCAGUCAUCCACCGCAGGAGCCUUGGUCUGGCUCUGGUGCCACGGUGCCAGAACCAUUUGGUAACAUAAAACACAUUGGAAUGGUGUUAGGUUAGUAGAGGAAUGGCGGAGAGAGUUCUGGGCAGAUUCUGCCCAUGGCAAGAACAUCGACCACUCCCCCGGCCGGUCCUGGCAGUAGGACCGCAGGAACCUACCCACAUCCUGAUUUACCCGUUCCACCUGCCCAUUUGACUCAGGGUGGAACCCAGAGGUCAGACUGACCGAGACCCCCAGAAUUUCCAUGAACGCCUUCCAAACCUUGGACGUGAACUGGGGACCUCGGUCGGACACUAUAUCCUCUGGCAACCCGUAGUGCCGGAAGACGUGAGUAAACAGGGCCUCCGCAGUCUGCAGGGCCGUGGGGAGACUGGGCAGAGGAAGGAGGCGUCAGGACUUGGAGAAGCGGCCCACAAUGACCAGGAUGGUGGUGUUAACUUGGGAGAGGGGAAGAUCAGUCAAAAAUCAAUACUAAGGUGAGACCAUGGUCGUUGUGGAACUGGUAAAGGUUGUAGCUUAUUCGCUGGGAGGUGCCUAGGUGCCAUACUCUGGGCGCACACCGAGCAGGAGGAGACGUACACCCUCACGUCCUUAGCCAAGGUAGGCCACCAGUACUUUCCGAUCAAGCAGCGCACUGUACGACCGAUACCUGGGUGACCAGAGGAGGGUGACGUGUGUGCCCAGAAGAUCAGACGAUCACGGAUAAGAGCAGGCACGUACCGCAGCCCAGCUGGACACUGUGGUGGAGAUGGAUCUGUGCGUAAUGCCUGCUCUAUAUCCGCGUCCAUCGCCCAUACUACUGGAGCCACAAUGCAGGAGGCCGGGAGUAUGGGGAUGUUGUCUCUGACCCUCUCCUCUGUGUCAUACAGCCGGGACAGUGCGUCUGCCUUCAUGUUCUCCGUACCCGGAAUGUAUGACAGUGAAAAAUCGAACCGGGUGAAGAAUAGGGCCCACCUGACUGGCGAGGAUUCAGGCUCCUCGCUGCCCGGAUGUACUCCUGGUUACGGUGGUCCGUCCAGAUGAGGAAAGGGUGUUUCGCCCCUUCGAGCCAAUGCCUCCACACGGUCAAAGCUCGGACAACAGCUCCCGAUCACCAACGUCGUAGUCCUGCUCCGCUGGAGGCACAGGGGCGGAGCUUGGGUGGCGUGCCCGAGCAUUGGGACAGGACAGCGCCUAUGCCUACCUUGGACGCAUCCACCUCCACUACGAACGGUAGUGAUGGAUCGGGGUGGGCCAGUACUGGAGCAGAGGUGAACAGACCCCGCAGUCUGCUGAAGGCCAGGUCAGCCUCAGCAGACCAGCGCAGCCGGGACGGCCCACCCUUCAACAGGGAUGUAAUGGAAGCUGCAACCUUGCCAAAGCCCCGGAUAAACCUCCGAUAGUAGUUGGCAAAGCCAAGGAAGCGCUGCACCUCCUUAACCAUGGUUGGAGUCGGCCAAUUACUCACGGCUGAAAUGCGAUCUCCCUCCAUCUCCACACCUGAGGUGGUAAUGCGGUAUCCGAGGAAGGAGACGGACUGCUGGAAAAACAUACACUUCUCUGCCUUGGCAUAAAGGUCAUUUUCCAACAGUCGGGCCAGCACUUUGCGAACCAGGGACACAUGCUCGGCGCGAGUAGCGGAAUACACCAGGAUGUCAUCGAUGUAGACCACCACACCGCGACCAAGCAUGUCCCGAAACACCUCGUUCACCGUGGUUGUGCUGAAUGCUGUCUUCCACUCAUCCCCUCCCGAACAUGCACCAGGUUGUAUGCACUCCUGAGAUCUAGCUUAGUGAAGAAGUGCGCCCCAUGCAUUGACUCAAUCACUGAAGGAAUGAGGGGGAGAGGAUAACUAAAUCUAAUCGUUUCCUUGUUCAAUGAUCGAUAAUCAAUGCCUGGGCGCAGACCGCCAUCUUUCUUCUUCACAAAGAAGAAACUUGAGGAAGCGGGUGAAGUGGAGGGACGUACAGUGGGGAGAACAAGUAUUUGAUACACUGCCGAUUUUGCAGGUUUUCCUACUUACAAAGCAUGUAGAGGUCUGUCAUUUUUAUCAUAGGUACAUGUCAACUGUGAGAGAUGAAAUCUAAAACAAAAGUCCAGAAAAUCACAUUGUAUGAUUUUUAAAUAAUUCAUUUGCAUUUUAUUGCAUGUUAUAAGUAUUUGAUACAUCAGAAAAGCAGAACUUAAUAUUUGGUACAGAAACCUUUGUUUGCAAUUACAGAGAUCAUACGUUUCCUGUAGGUCUUGAACAGGUUUGCACACACUGCAGCAGGGAUUUUGGCCCACCCCUCCAUACAGACCUUCUCCAGAUCCUUCAGGUUUCGGGGCUGUCGCUGGGCAAUACGGACUUUCAGCUCCCUCCAAAGAUUUUCUAUUGGGUUCAGGUCUGGAGACUGGCUAGGCCACUCCAGGACAUUGAGAUGCUUCUUACGGAGCCACUCCUUAGUUGCCCUGGCUGUGUGUUUCGGGUCGUUGUCAUGCUGGAAGACCCAGCCACGACCCAUCUUCAAUGCUCUUACUGAGGGAAGGAGGUUGUUGGCCAAGAUCUCGCGAUACAUGGCCCCAUCCAUCCUCCCCUCAAUACGGUGCAGUCGUCUUGUCCCCUUUGCAGAAAAGCAUCCCCAAAGAAUGAUGUUUCCACCUCCAUGCUUCACGGUUGGGAUGGUGUUCUUGGGGUUGUACUCAUCCUUCUUCUUCCUCCAAACACGGCGAGUGGAGUUUAGACCAAAAAGCUCUAUUUCUGUCUCAUCAGACCACAUGACCUUCCCAUUCCUCCUCUGGAUCAUCCAGAUGGUCGUUGGCAAACUUCAGACGGGCCUGGACAUGCGCUGGCUUGAGCAGGGGGACCUUGCGUGCGCUGCAGGAUUUUAAUCCAUGACGGCGUAGUGUGUUACUAAUGGUUUUCUUUGAGACUGUGGUCCCAGCUCUCUUCAGGUCAUUGACCAGGUCCUGCCGUGUAGUUCUGGGCUGAUCCCUCACCUUCCUCAUGAUCAUUGAUGCCCCACGAGGUGAGAUCUUGCAUGGAGCCCCAGACCGAGGGUGAUGACCGUCAUCUUGAACUCCUUCAAUUUUCUAAAAAUUGCGCCAACAGUUGUUGCCUUCUCACCAAGAUGCUUGCCUAUUGGCCUGUAGCCCAUCCCAGCCUUGUGCAGGUCUACAAUUUUAUCCCUGAUGUCCUUACACAGCUCUCUGGUCUUGGCUAUUGUGGAGAGGUUGGAGUCUGUUUGAUUGAGUGUGUGGACAGGUGUCUAUAAUACAGGUAACGAGUUCAAACAGGUGCAGUUAAUACAGGUAAUGAGUGGAGAACAGGAGGGCUUCUUAAAGAAAAACUAACAGGUCUGUGAGAGCUGGAAUUCUUACUGGUUGGUAGGUGAUCAAAUACUUAUGUCAUGCAAUAAAAUACAAAUUAAUUACUUAAAAAUCAUCCAAUGUGAUUUUCUGGAUUUUAGAUUCCGUCUCUCACAGUUGAAGUGUACCUAUGAUAAAAAUUACAGACCUCUACAUGCUUUGUAAGUAGGAAAACCUGCAAAAUCGGCAGUGUGUCAAAUACUUGUUCUCCCCACUGUAUAUACCCCUGGCCCAGGGACUCGGAGACGUAUGUUUCCAUAGCCUCAGUUUCAGGCCGCGACAGGGGGUACACAUGACUCUUGGGAGGUACAGCAUCUACCCGAAGGUUUAUCGCGCAAUCCCCCGCCCAAUGAGGUGGUAAUUUAGUCGCACGCGUCUUUGAAAACGUGUGCGCCAAAUCGAGGUAUUUGGGGGGGAAUGCGCACGGUGGAGGUACCGUCUGGACUUUCCACCGUGGUUGCACCUACCCUGACACUCUCGCAACCACCCUGUGAGAGCCCUCUGCGGCCAUGAGAAGGUGGGGUUGUGGAGUGCUAGCCAAGGGAUACCUAAUACCACAGGGAAAGCAGGAGACUCAAUAAUCGAAAAAAUAACCUGCUCAUAAUGUGUCUCCUGGGUGAUCAUGGUGACUGGUAUAGUGACUUCCGUAACAAACCCGGACCCUAAUGGUCGACUAUCGGGUGCUCUGAUGGGGAGUGGAAUGGAUAGGGGAACCAAUGACAUGCCUUGACGGCGUGCGAAUGCCCUGUCCAUAAAGUUCCCAGCUGCGCCUGAAUUGACUAGCGCCUUAUACUGGGGAACUACCAUGUGAUCAGGAAAGUGGAUGGGUAGGGUACAGUGCGCAGCAGAGGGCUCUGAACAAGUGUGGGUGUUCGAUACCUGGGGUGAUGCGUGAGUGCCCUGCCUGCCGCCACCAGGCCCAAAAGAACGUUGACUACACCAUGUGGUGUACUGUCCCCAGUGGCACUGUCGCUGUCCUCCUCGCUCGUUCCACCCGGACCCCGCUGCCAGCGUCCGAAACUCCAACGCGAAGUCCUGCGCGGUCCUCGUCCCCUGCCUCAGGUGGACCAGCCGCACGCCCGCCUCUCGACCCUCGGGCGGGUGAACGAAGACCGCCCGAAAGAGGCGAGCGAACUCCCCGUAGUCCUCCAACACGGCUCCUCAUUCGUUCCACACCGCGUUGGCCCACUCCAGGGCUUUCCCACAGAGGCAGGAAACGAGGACGGACACCUUCUCCCGCUCCGAUGGCGCCGGCCUGAUGCUGGAGAAGUACAGCUCCAUUUGGAGGAGGAAUCCCUGGCACAGCGCUGCCGUCCCAUCAAACACCCGUGGUCGGGAUAUUUGGAUCCCUCCGGGUGCUGGGAUGUAGGUGGCUGGAUCCGGUUGGCCAGCUGGUCUCGACAGAUCGGGUCCUCUCCUCUCCAGGCGUUGGACGACCUGAAGAACCCGAUCCAUCGCUUCCCCCAAGCUGGCCAGUGUUGUGGAAAAUAAUCACUAUAUUACAAAAACUCUGGAAGUAUUUUGAUUUGUAAUAUAGUGAUUGUCUUCCACAACACCAGCAUCGUGGAAUGCUCUUGGACCCGUGUCACGACUCCAGGCAUGCGCUCUUCACCCGCUGACUCCAUAGCGGGUGGGUGAUUCUGUGAUGAGUGUGAUGGAAAGGAGUCAGGUGCAGGAGGGUAAUCACCGAAUACAGAGUUUAUUCCUUCGUAGACACACAAAUGCGCUCAAAUAGCGAUAAACGAAACAGGCACAGGGGAAACUAUCAUCCCUGGCAAAUACACUGUAACAGAUAUCCAAUAAUACAUAGGCACAGGGGAAAAUCUACCCUGGCAACAAUAUGUUACGAGGAGCUACACCGAGCUACACUACUCUCUCAAAUAACAAUCACCCACAAGGACAAGGGGGCAGAGGGAACACUUAUACACAGACUAAUUAGGGGAUAGGAACCAGGUGUGUGUGAUUGACAAGACAAGACAAUUGUGAUGACGAUUGGGGCGGCAGUGGUUAGUAAGCCGCUGACGACGAACGCCGAAGCCUGUCCAAACAAGGAGGUCGAGGCAGCCUCGGCCGAAGUCGUGACAGCAGUUCACAGUGCUCUCAUUUGGAAGUAGAUGAGACAAAGAAAAGGUUAACUAUGUGGGCCUGUGCUGUCUUAACAGGCACACGGCAGGGGUGUUUCAUGACAGAACUAGCCCCGUAUGAAAGCGCGCUAUGAUCCGACUUGCAGCUCUGUAGUAUCUCCAGACAUCAUAACGUUGUGUUCUUAGAUCCCCCCUCCGAUGUAAUGGUCCAAAUAGAGCACAGUGUCAUCAGUUCACCAGAGGGGUACAGAUGAGCAUGGGUAUGACAAGGCUUUGAAAGCAUCGCUAAGCCCAACACGCUCAUUAUAGCCCGUCUGAUCACAGUUUUGGAGCCAAAUAUACACACAUGCCCUCCUUUGCUGCUUUUGGUGAAGCUAGACUAAGCUAGACAAAGUCAAUGCGUGAUCAAUACGGUAUCUACAGUGCAAACAGUGGAACUAUUAAUAUGCUUGGACUCUUAUCGUUUUGAUUGAUCUCAUUUGGGAAAGUCUGCUGUUGUUUGUUAGAUGCCCACUGCUGGGAAACAAACUGACUUCACUUCAUGUAAGUUGAUUUCCCCAGGAAAGGUAAUCGCUACAAGCAGAUGGUCCAUUCGAGGAUUCUCAAUGCAGAUUUUCCUGUGUAAUUGUGUUUGAGCAAACUGCAGUCUUUUUGUGAGGCCCGGUGCGGGCCUGUGUCGGCUGAGGAACCAGUACAGUGGUAGCAUCCAUUGUCUUGAAAUGUCACCGCUUGAGAUGAGAGUGGAGUACUUAUCCAGGCUCUUACAAAAGCUUCACCCCAUUAAUGUCUUAAAAAUGGAAUACUCUCCACAGGAUUUUAAUCAUUCAAGGAUUACAUUUCCCUCUUCAAAGGAAAAACAUGUAUACAUUUGCACAAAAGUUAUUCCGAAUGUCAGAUGUAUACACAACAGAUUUUCACAGCAUCUUUUGUUUACUCACAUCUCUGCAUUAAGCUGCAUAACCAGCUGGAUGAGCCAGAGUCAUGGAACACUAUUCUUGGUCGUCAUGAGAUGUACUUUGCUGUCCUUCAAAAGACAUUCAGACAACUUUAAUAAUGAAUAAUGUAACACAUUCAUAGCUGUGAUAGGCCUGAAGCUUGAACAUUUUAUCCUUUAGCAUUUGUUCUAGUGAACUGUUGCAAGUAUUCAGCAAUGCUUUAAUCUAUAGAAAGGUAAUAGGUUCAACCCACAAGGCUUACAUUGGGUAGACAAGAUGGAUCAGUUUUGGCAUUACUAAGUAAGGACUCUUUAAAGAUGUACAGUAUGGCACUUCCUCUUGGGUGAGAGACAGAAACAGUUUGUCCUUGAGACAUGGCAGCCAUCCUUGGUACUCCAUCAGACAAAAGACUAGAGUAUCCGUUUAGUUUUCUAAUUAAAUGUUGGAUUCGAGCGGUUCAGUUUUCUUAAUCCUCGUUAAUUACCUAAUUAGAGUGACUCUGUUUAGGGAGCCAAGAGAGCACAGCGAAAAUUAAUUGAUGUUGUGAUGUUUGUUCUCCUUCUCAAAAGGUAAGCAAAAACAACAAGACAGAACAAGGAACCAUUUGUUUGCCUUGGAGAAUAGGGUUUAAGGAACUUGGCACCAAGUUCAGCAGGCUCUGGGUCCUUUGCAAUUGAGCAGAGCAGGACCAAGUCCUGAGGAAAAGGCAUUAGUAGUGGACAGUACCCAGUGGGACCAUGUGGAUGAUGUGCUUCUGCACAAUUAGUGAAAUGACUUCUACUGUCUGAUAUUUGGAGAAAAUGUUGGAGAAUAUAAAUAUGUGUAUCUUUCUUUCGGUAACAAAUAGGUACAAGUAUGGAAAGAGGAAUGAGUGUUUGGGGAUUUGUGAGUCAUUUGUCAUUGAAGUGAAGAGGAUAUUCAGAUACUCUCGGAGGACAAUGGAAAAUGAUAAAGAAGCAUUUUUAUAAUCCAAGUUCCAUUGUCCUUCCAAGAGUGGCUGCAUCCUCUUCACUUCAGUUUUCUCCUCAAGAUUAUUGUAACAGGUGUAGGUUUGUGUGUUUGAUAAAAGUACAGAAUUGAAUGUACAGACCAUUCAUAUCACAAUGAUUUCACCCCACAUCAAACUCUUCUCAUUUAACUUUUUUUUUUUUUAUUUAACUGAAAAAUGUUGGUUGGGGAAUAUCAAAGCAAACCAAAAAAGAGCUAAUCGAAAUGAAAGUGUGAGAGCUGAACAUAUUGCCAAGCUCAUAUGUGUAGACGACUGCUCUUGAAAUCCUCUGAAAUGAGGAAAUUAAUACUGUAUCUGGUAAUUUUUUGUGUGCUCAUCCACAUCAUAUCAUUAUCCCAUAAAUUAUUAAAGGGGAAUUUAAGAGAACACAUUCCAUUCUCCCCAACGUGGCCUUGUGUAAUACUUAUUAAUCUAUAUUAAGUGUCUCUGGAAAAUGUUCUGAAGGCUGGCUUAUGCUAGGAAUGGUAAUGCGAGGCUUCUGUGUGGUGGCUAGCAUUUAGAAUAGGAUAUGUCUUUUUUUGUAAUUGACUUGAAAUGUGAGUGGGGGUUAUAAUAGUCUAGUAGUAGUUAAAUUUUUUCAGAGAAUGAUUUGGAUUGAAGUUACGGGUGGAUUCUGUGUCUGUAUCUGUAGAAUAGGUCCACUUACUACAAAACCUCCCUAAGUUGUAGUGCACAGUAGGCCUUACCUACAAAAAUUGCUUAAGUUAACCCGCAAAGACACCAUAAACAUAGUAUUGUCUAAGCAAGCAAAGUGUGUUUUAUUGAAACUCAUAGGCCUACAUACAGUAACGCUUGGCUCCAUCCUCCAGGCCACCAAGUUUGCUGCAGUGAUGAAUAAAACAACAGGCUUGGUUUGUUAUGUUCUGCUGAGUCGCAGGGUUUUACAUGAACUAGCUGCUAGCAGACAUCUGGGCUGCCACCGCUCCAGACACUCCUCCUCAGCUCUGUCCUGGCCUGUGUGGGAGCUAACUAGUUGCCAUCUCUGGAAGGUCAGAUUGCUCUUGGACGGCCUGCUCCCAGAAAGGCCUCCAGUGCUGAUGGAGCACCCUGAGGAAUAGACUGCCUGCCUGGGAGGAAGUGGCUCGAUCUUGUCUACAUCAGGUCAGAAAAUGACCCAGUGGCUGUGUUUUUUUUCAUCUCUUACUUUACCCAUGUUUUCUUGACAGGGAGUAGGCACCCUAUACUUGGUGUACGGAGGAAUUGCUAUUUGGGGUAUGGGGUAACACAUACACAUAUACUCUCUCUCUCUCUUUCAUUGUGGUUAUUAUUACAGGCAUUGUGUAUCCUAUCUGUGCACUGCUCUCUCUCUCUCCCAUUCUCAUGCUGUGUGACAACCCCCAGUGACGAGGGCCACAUUAUGUGUCAGCCUCACAAUUGGCUCAGCAUUCCAUUAGUGUCAAGCACCAUAACACUCUGCACUAAUUCCCUUCCCGCACUCCACUCAGCCGGAUGAGCGGGAAACAUCUGGAAAUAUUGACAUCGUCAUUAUCAUUGGCGCUCAUUAACAAUGCUUUCUACACACACUGACCUCGGGAAAGGUGUUAAUGGCUAUUCAAAUAGGGAUAUUUAUUACAGAGUUAUGGGUUUUCAACUGACUUCAAGCCCAGUGAUUCUAACCCAGCUGACACAUUUGGUUCCUUGGAAGUUGUGGGAACGUACAUUUUUGGUUUCCCAUUUGUUCUGGGAACAAAGCCAUAAGUUUCCUGACUGGUAAAACAGAACGUUUUUUAAACGUUCUGAGAACGGAAGUGAAAAUGUUGUCUGUUCUGGGAAUGUACAUUUUUAGGUUGCAGGGAGGUUCUGAGAAUGUUUUACUAUGGUUCCCUGAAAGUUUUGUGGUUUUUGUUAACACUCUGAGAACAGAAAUUAUAGGUUAUUUGAAGGUAAUUAAAUAACGUUCUGAGAACAUGUUUCAGUAACACUUUUAAUAACACUGCUAGCUUAGUUUGGGUUAACUGUUUUGAACUCCAAGCACAGAUAGGACACAUGGAAAUUAAUUUGCUUAGGCAUUAAUCAUGCAAACACAUAAUUUUUUUUUAUUGUAGCACAGCCUCAAUGAGAUUUGAACCUAUGAUCUUCUGCUCUCUAUUCAUGGAAUUAGUCCACUGCAUCACCAGGCUGGAGCUAGCAUGCCAUGUUUUUUUUUACUUAUACAAAGCUGUUAAUUUUAGUCUAUUCAAACAGACCCAUUUCAAAGGAAACAAGCACUCAUUAAGAUCAGGUGUGGCCAAUUAGUGGGCGUGGCCAACACACCUGAACACACUUAACAAGAUAGAGGAUAGAGAGAGUUUUGUUGAUGCUGAGAAUGGAAUGGAAUGUGUAGAACUUUCUUUAAACAUGACUAAUGUUAACUUGUGGUUUUUAUGGAAAGUUUUCUUAAUGUUCUGAGAACAUGACUUUAAAUAGAACCAUGAGGAAACCUGUAGAAAACGUUAUGCUGAAGUACUGAAAUACCCACAGAAGAACAUUGUUUCUUAACGUUCUCUGAAUGUUCUGAGAACAUGACUUUAAAUAGAACCAUGAGGAAACCUGUGGAAAAUAUUAUGCUGAAGUACUGAAAUUCCCACAGAACAACGUUGUUUCUUAAAGUUCUCUGAACAAUUUGAAAACAUUACUUUAAAUAGAAUGAGGAAACCUGUAGGAAACGUUAUGCUGAAGUACUGAAAUUCCAACCUAAGAAACAUAUGGUUCUCAGAACGUUAUGUGCUAGCUGGGUAUCCUGCACCCUUCCCAGUACUUUGUGGGAAGGUUGUAUGCAAAAUAACCACAGUACAACCACACUCUCACCAAGCUCUAAGAAACAUAUGGUUCUCAGAAUGUUAUGUGCUAGCUGGAAAUGAAUCUCUUGUUAGUGACAGUGUUGCUUGGGGUGUUCUGUCGAGCAGAUACGGCAAACUAUGCGAUGGAAGAUAGAGAGAGAUAGAGAAAAUCCAUGAGACAGAUGCAUUCUGGUAGGCCUAUUGAUUUGAGGUCAUUGCAAUGGAAUUAUUUGGAGAUAUUAUUUUCCUGUCUGGAAUAUUCUCUAGCCUUUACCUAAUACCUUUGAGACUACUGUGCUGUUUUAGGCAGAUUUUAAUGUCCACCAAACACCCCAACACCAUCUGAAAUGGCAUGAAAGAGGUGUGCGUAUAUGUGUGUGCGUGUCCACGUCCGUGUGUGUGUGGCAAGGGGUACACUCCACAUGACGCCUGUAUCCACCCAGGAGGUAGAAAUCCAGCAACACCCCAAGCAUCUGUGUCUUGAUUGAUGCUUUGAUCGAUGUGACAUUUUCUCAUUUGUUGAAAUGUGAAAUUGUAAAUUGAUAGUGUUGUUUUGAGACUGAUUAUGUUGAUCUAUUGUUCCCAGAUCACCUUGAAAAUGAGACCCUGGUCUCAAUGGGUUUCCCCGGUUAAAUAAAGGUUAAAUAAAAAAGGGGAAUGGGAAUUGGAAACUCACCCUCCCAGGCCCCAUCCGUCUGAGGCAUCCAACAGCCCCAUUUAAGUCCACUUCUAUUAAAUGUCAGGGAGAAGGUGUCCCCACAGCCGGGGAAGGUGAGGAACAGCCAUGGAUAGGCUUUAGAUUGGCUCAGCAAUGCCAGGGAGCUGGCUGGCAGCUUCGCCGCUGCGUUAAUGAUGAAGACAUUUAUUUCCAUGAUAAUAAUGAAAGUGUGUGUUCAGCCAGCAGGAGAAGGGAACAUGGCACAUGUGGAUUUCAUAGUACAAACCAUGUCCUCGGGGAUCAUUGAAGUUUUGCACAAAGGUGGCAAUAGAUUUCGCAGAUGCAGAUUGCUGAUACACACGUACACUUAGUCCUCCCCUCCUUCCUGCUGUAUGAGAAUUGGCUUGCCUUCUCCUUAGUCUAUUUCAGGAACACAGUUCCCUACUGACAGUGGCUGCUGUGAACUCACUCAACACUGCCCACACACCAUUAUAUUCCUGCUAGCACAGUCACACAUAGUGGAGCUCUGUGUCAAGCUCUGUGCCUCUGCCUGCCUGGUGCAGGGGAGGACACCUAGCCAGUCUCAUCAGAGAUAUCAAUUAAAGAGGGCUCUGUGUUUGUAUGCGGCGGAGCAGUGAUGAUGAGAGUUGGCUGGUGCCGACCAAUGAGAUGUGGAGUUAUUAAUGGGUGACUGUGCGUGGCCGCGGCUGCCAUGCGGCGUGAUAAACAUGGCGGCGUGUUGCCGUUUUAUAUCACGUUCUAUCAGACGAUUACUGCUCUCCCCUGGGCCUCCCGGAAGCCAAUUAAUCGCCCUUGUCUCCCAGGUGUCAGCUGCCACGUCCUUCUCCCAGACAAGGCAUGGGCCGUAAAUCUGACCGCCCUCACACAUUUGCACUCACAGGCCUCCCCUAUACACCACCCCUCCACCCACUCUCCCCGGCAAGAGCAAACUGAUUCAUCAUCGUCAUCCCGCGCCGUCUCCAUCUUGCUUUCAUCAUAACACAGGACCAUACAUCACCAACAAGUUGGAUAUAUGCUCUCCUGUUUAGUCAUGAGCUUUCGAUUGCUGUCAAGGUGGGCGCCACCCCUCGGUUCCCUCCCCUCUGUCACUGUCAUUGUUGUCAUUGUCAUUAUCAUCAAUGCGGAAAGGCUCCUCCAUUAUCAUCAUCAUAGCCAGAACUGCCAUGGGGCUGCUCCGUCACAAUCGGCCCAUACUAGGCUGUGGAGACCAGUGUAGGGAGUGGUAUUCUUCUGUAUCUUAGUGGGGUAUUGCAAGUUGGUUUCAGAUAUUUACAUUUACAUUUUACACAUUUAGCAGACGCUCUUAUCCAGAGCGACUUACAGUUAGUCAGUGCAUACAUGUUUUUUAUAUUUUAUUUUUUUUAUACUGGCCCCCCGUGGGAAACAAACCCACAUCCCUGCCAGCCAAACCCUCCCCUACCUUGGACGACGCUGGACCAAUUGUGCACCGCCCAUGGGUCUCCCGGUCGCGGCCGGCUGCGACAGAGCCUGGACUCGAACCAGGAUCUCUAGUGGCACAGCUAGCACUGCGAUGCAGUGCCUUAGACCACUGCGCCACUCGGGAGAAAGAGAGAGAGUGAUACAGUAUAAAGGUAUAGCCUAUACAGGAAUGAUGUGCAAUUAGAGCUAAUAACUCUCCAUCUUCUCUGCCACCACAUAAAUAACCUUCUGAAUCCUGUCUCUACUUGGACAGCCUGAGAGACGUGGAUUUUCCUAUCCAACUGCACAGCUGCCCUAAUAGUCAUCUUCUAACUGGCUGACAAGUCUGUUUCCAAGUCUAACCCUGUCAGGAGGGAACUAGCUUCCUUCACACUCCCUCACUUCUUAUUGCAAGUGAAGUCAUUCCCUUCCAGACAAUUGCUCAUUAAUGCUAAAUUAUUUAGCGUAAAUACACAGGCUAAUUAUGCGAGCUCUAUUGACGUUGUGAAAUAAUAGUGCUGGAAAUUGGAAAAGAGCCUCUGUUCUGUUGGGUGAUUUGCUGUAGUUAAAAGGGAACUCAUGUUGAUUCUCUCAGUGUGUAUUUAACAAUGUGUACUUUUCAUUCAACAGAAUAAAGGCCAAACGAUAAGUGAUGUUUCAUGAAGGGAAGCCAGCAGGAACCUCCUCCUGGAGACGUUAUUGGACUAACUGACAAACUGGAUAUUCAUCAGUAAACCAUAGUAAACAACAACAGGAAUAUUAGAUGUUUGAAGCACUCAGGAAUCAAUAGCAUUUCCCAAAUCAUUUCUCGCCUUUAAUGUAUUCUGCCUCCAAAUAGCUGUUGUGGAAAUAGCAAUGAUUACAUAUUGUGCAUUUGAGCCCUGUUGCCCUUGGUGCGUCGGUGUAAAGCUAGAUGCAAUGCCUUUAUCGUCUCCUCUGAUAUAUGUUGUGACGUUUGCCUUUCUUCACAAUCCAAUUGUCCAAGAGCUGGAGGAGCCAUGCUGGAGAAGAGUUUAGAACAGGAGGAAGGCUGCUUGUAAAUCAGCAUGCAGUGCUGCCAUCCACAUCAUACCAGUGCAGUCACCCAGGCCUGCAUCCACACACACGCACACACACACACACGCGUGCGUGCACAUAAAAAACAUAUAUCUUUUUUUUUUUGAGCUUCCUGUGUGAAGUGGAUUGAAGGAAAAAUAAUAAUCUUCACUUUUUCUCCCCUAGAGAGAGCUUGGAGACAUUAAUCAAUGUGACAAUGGCCAUGAUGUGCACAGUGGGGCCUUGGCCUUCUGCUCUCUUUUGCUAUGUGCUAUGUAUGAGUUUGCAGCUGCUGGCAGGUGCCAGUGUGCACAGUCUAGUAUGGUCUACCAUCCCUUGAUAAAUCCCUUGUUAUGCAAAACGUAUCUGGUCACAGGUCUGAGAUCAGAUGUAGAAUCACUCAUUAUUGCCCAGCUGGGGUACAUUAGGAGACAAAUGAAGAAAGAGAUAGCAAAUAUCAUCAUUUAACAAGUUUAUUGAUUUGAGUUGUGAUUGAAGGUCAGUAGAAAGUAAACAAGUAAUUACUAUUUAUUAUUUCAUUCAGUGGAUUCCGACGCCGACCUUCAAAAGCACAUUUGUAUGUUUGGAGACUGUCCGUUUAUUAUUCAUACUAUUUUGAUUAAUCAUAUUUUAUGAAUGUAUGGAUGAGCUCAUUCCUAAUUCAUGUUUCUACGGGUAGGAUGCAAAAGGCUCGAUGUACGUAAUCAUCAUCAACGGAUCAUGAAUCACUCACCGAAAUGAAAACUAAUCACAGGUGGAAAGGCCUUAAAAUCAAUCCCCACCAGUAAUUUAUUUCCAUUAAGAUGUUUUAAUGAUUGUUCCAUUUGAAUAUCUGAUGGUUUCAGUUAAGGGAACAAAACAGAGAGCGAGGCGGCCACUUUAGAGGGGACAUUGAGGGAAAAUAUCGUCCCCCUCUAUACCAUUUCACACCGCCACGGGUGAGAUAUGCAGCUUUAAAGUGCGUUUUGAAGCCUCCACCUUGAGUUUUGUUUCUAUGGCAACUCAAUUCCGGGGCCCAGAUAAAAGAACUGGAAUGAUGUUUUUGCGGAGGAUUGGAGACAAAGUGAGUACGUUGCUGCUGGUUGGGAGGGAGAUUUGUCUUGUCUGACAGAGUUCUGCCGGGCUUUGAAAGCAUUGUCUUUACCAGCCGAUUUCACAACAGACCACCGGCUCACAUUUGACUUCAUCCCUGUAAACGCUGAUAUUUAAUAGUAGAUUUACCAUACUACUGUACAACCAAUCAGACAUAACACCCCCAUCACAGAGGGAUCAAUGGCAUCCUGUAAGGUAUAGGCCUAUGCCCCACGCUCUCAAAGGGAUAGGUAUUCUAUUCUUUGAUCUGUUUCAAUCAGACCUCAUUGUGGGAAAUGUUUCUUUAGAUUCACUCUGAACCACAUUUGAGUCGCAUCAAUAAUGCAACUAUAAAUAGAUGAAGGAAUGCGUCUUUUAUUUGACAAUUUAUUCAUGCUGCCCUGUGUUUUUGUUUGACUUUUCUCAUUCAUAUUGCAUGGCGUUUAAAACAAUUGACUCCAUCAGAAAGUGAAACAAGACAACACACCGAACAAUCAUACGGUGGAUGUCUUUUUCAGGACAGACUUUGUCGCUUGAUGUCUGUAAGAUAGUGGACCUCACUGUCUUUUCAGGGGUGCCAAGCAUCAGCAGUCAGGUGGACUUCAGGUGCAAAAUGGUGGUAUUUAUUUACAGGUUCAGAAAAGGUCAGUAAAGCUUUAACCAUGAAUAUAAUUUACAUGAAGCAUUGACAAACAUUUGACUGACAAAAAUAACAAACAUAAACUAAAUGGCCGAUACACUGAAGCUACUGGUUUUUAGCUACCAUUUUCAAACUAGUCACACCUAUAACUUUGGGUCAAUAUUUCCUCACACAGCUGAGUUAGAGAGCCCUGGGACAACAUGUCAAUCUAGCCUAAUAAGCUCUCAGGAAAAGGGCAACCUGAACAGGUUAAAAGCCCAACUUCUAACACUGGGAUAAUCCAAAAUGCACCUAAACAGGUAUUUAAUCAAUUAACAAAUCUCACUAUAAUCAAUAUUUCUGAUUUAAGUCAAUGGCCAUUACAUAAUAUAUUUCAACAUACCAGGACAUGAUCUCAUAACACUCAACAAAUAUUGGGAAAACACCCUCCAACAUGGAACAUUCCGAUUACUGUGCGCGUGAACCUGUUGGUUAACUAUGUGUAUGUCACAGGUGUGCUCGCUCUCCGAACUAGUCCACAAACAACCUGCGAUGGUGAGUAGGGCUACAGGCUGGCGAUACAAUGUACCUUAAAUUCUAAAUAACCAAAGUUAAAGGUCCAAUGCAGCCAUUUUUAUCUCAAUAUCAAAUCAUUUCUGAGUAACAAUUAAGUAGGCUACCUUACUGUGUUUGGUUUAAAUAAAAAUGUUAAAAAGAAACAGAAAUAGAUUCUUAGCAAUUUCUCAAGCAAGAAUUUUGCUAGGACAGUCUGGGAGUGGUCUGAGUAGGGAGGGGAAAACUGAAAACUAGCUGUUAUUGGCAGAGAGUGUUGGAACUCUUUCUUAUUUGUCUAUUAACUAAUUUACCACCUGGUGAUGUCACCAGGCAGGGCAAAACUCCAUCCCACCAAACCAGGCUGAAAUUUCAGGCAGUGGGACAUGUCUAGCAGUAGGAAUACGCUUGAAAACGCUAGGGAACAUGAACAAACAUUAGCAACAUUUGCAAAGUGUGUUUGGCACCUUCUCCUCCAAUGGGUUUUGAGAAGGAGGAGAGGAGAGAGGACACGAGGAGUAUGCAAUUUAGAUUCUCCCAAUGUACUUAAAAUUAUAAAUAAACAAUCUUAACUAGUGUUUGAUGGGACAUGCCUAGCAGUAGGAUGCUUGAAAACGGCAGUAACAUGAACAAACAUGAUGAAACGUUUACAAAGUCUCUUUGUUGCUAAAUGAGGGGAUGGCAAUGGGAGUGGAAUGUCUGACUUGACGGGCACUCUCCAGUGCACAUGGUCACAAGGACUGACUUUGUCGCUUGACGUGGUUUAGAGUUCAUAGCAUAGGCUACUGCAAUCCUCAGGUUGUUACCAUGCUGUAAUUUUUGUGAAGGUCUGUGAAAAGUGUGACCAGAAAUCACACUGACCUGCACUUGGUCCCAAAAUGUGAAUUUAGCUCAGAAUUGGUGAGUUUACUGUAUGACUCACCAAUCUGUAUCAUACACACCAUCUAUUUCUAAAUGAUGACUAUUUGCAGGUCAGCAAAAUGCAUUUAGCAUUGCUUCAGUGAGCAGUUUUAAACAAUUACUAGCUAAUUUGCUGCAGGCAACAAGCAGAGAGGAAAUGCAAGGCCAAAAGAAGAGAUACUGGCUCUAUUUGGAUUCCUGCAGGAUGCAGGGAGAAUGUUCCUGUAUUGUAUACACCCAUUGACUGUGGGAUACCUUCCUUAUUUCCCAGCAAAUGGAUUGUUGCUCUAUUGAUUUGUAGGCACACGUACAGUAUGAGGUCCAAGAGGCUUGCAUGAUACUUUCCUUAGUCACAAGAUCACUUAUCAUUCCCCUUUCCUCCCUCUCUCCCCCCUCUCGCUCUCUCCUUUGCUCUCCCUCCCUUCUUUCUCUCUCUCCGUAGGGGCCAUCUUUGAUGAGUCUGCCAGGAAGGAUGACGAGGUGUUCCGCAUGGCUGUGGCGGACCUCAACCUCAACAACGAGAUCCUGGAGACGGAGAAGAUCACCAUCUCCGUGGAGUUUGUGGACGGGAACAACCCUUUCCAGGCGGUCCAGGAAGGUAAGGCCUUGCCCUGCUCUCGCCCUCACCCUGCAGUCACUACAACCACCACCAUCAGUACAUCUCGCACUCAGCGAGGCCAGAGGAGUGUCCUCUAUUUUCCCCCGACGACUCUGCAUGGUUUUUCUGUGGAUAUGCUUCAGCCUUUCAGAAUGUCAGAUGGAACCCACAUAAGUCCCUCCAUUUUCAGACCGAACCUUGACACACUGAACUGAAUAACACUAUAUUAGGUGUUUCCCAGAAAAUGAAGAAAAUGUUUGGUUAUUGGAAAUCUCUUGUACUUUUAGUUGCACCAUUCUGAAAAGGGUGUCAAUUGGAUUCCACUGUACUUUACCAGUGAUACUCUCUGUCACUGUUGUUAUGCACUCUAGGAUUAGGAAGAUUAUACAUUUUUAUUAAAAGGCUCGCCAUUUUGGUUGAUAUUCUUCCAAUACUUCUCAAAUAUGUUUCAAUACUGCCACUACCUGAAACGCUGCUAACAAUUAAUUAAGCUUGUAAUGUCGAUGGCAUUUGUCUCAGGAGAUAUCUGAUAAUAAAUACAGAGGCGUGUGGCACAAAAUAUAAACGAACUCCUCUAGCAUGAUUCCAUGAUUUAAUUAACUGAUAAUUGAUAACAAAAAAAAGAAAUACACCCAAAACCUGUGUUCGACUGAACAGACCUCAACUAAAUGAGUCAUAUUUCCCUGGGUUUUAAAUAAAUCCCUUCGCUUCCUUCUGACAUCAAAUAACCCCUACUAUAACAAUAUUGCCUGGGAAGCCUGGGAAGUCUGAACACAAGGAGAAGUGUGGUUGGAACCUGCUUAGCUAAUAGACACUGGUUAUUUGUGGAGGGUGGCAGGUGUACAGUCUAGUGCAGUCUAAGAACCUAAUAGUUAUUACCACUGGUGCUUUUGUUAAGCCUCUCUGAAGCAUCUGUACCUGAGAUGCUCUCUCGUCUUUGAAGUCUCAUCAUGAGUAGUGCUAUUACUGAAUACAUUACAUGUGUUUUGGCUGAAUGAUGAUGGUGGGUCUGCUCCUUAUGAUAUGCUACUGGAAGCAUCUUCUAUGUAUUCCAUUGUAUCGAAACACCUGUUUAUCUGUUGCUCUUCGAACAACGACAAUAAAACCCAAUUUGCUUUCAUUAAUUAAAAAGGGUUCUUAAUUCAUUUCUGAUCAUGGCCUACGGAGUGAUAUAUUAUUAUAGUGAUGUAUGUAGUGAUACAUUAUCAGAAUGCACAUUUUCGUGCAGAUGCAUUGAUGUGAAGAAAACAUAUUACAGGACUCUGCUCAUAUUAUAAACAAUUAACUGUGCACAGAAAAUAACAACGCAUGAUUCAUGUUGGGGUUGUAUAUAAUACAUACAGUAUGUGCAUACAUCCAUGUAAAUAUAGGCACGUACACUACUUUGAUGAAUCUGAUACUAUUUACACAUACAGUUGAAGUCGGAAGUUUAUAUACACCUUAGCCAAAUACAUUUAAACUCAAUUUUUCACAAUUCCUGACAUUUAAUCCUAGUAAAAAUUCCCUGUUUUAGCGUCAGUUAGGAUCACCACUUGAUUUUAAGAAUGUGAAAUGUCAGAAUAAUAGUAGAGAGAAUUAUUUAUUUCAGCUUAUAUUUCACAUUCCCAGUGGGUCAGAAGUUUACAUUAGUAUUUGGUAGCAUUGCCUUUAAAUUGUUUAACUUGGGUGAAACGUUUCGGGUAGCCUUCCUCAAGCUUCCCACAAUAAGUUGGGUGAAUUUUGGCCCAUUCCUCCUGACAGAGCUGCUGUAACUAAGUCAGGUUUGUAGGCCUCCUUGCUCGCACACACUUUUUCAGUUCUGCCCACAAAUUUUCUAUAGGAUUGAGGUCAGGGCUUUGUGAUGGCCACUCCAAUACCUUGACUUUAUUGUCCUUAAGCCAUUUUGCCACAACUUUGGAAGGAUGCUUGGGGUCAUUGUCCAUUUGGAAGACCAUUUGCGACCAAGCUUUAACUUCCUGACUGAUAUCUUGAGAUGUUGCUUCAAUAUAUCCACAUAAUUUUCCUUCCUCGUGAUGCCAUUUGUGAACUGCACCAGUCCCUCCUGCAGCAAGCACCCCCACAACAUGAUGCUGCCACCCCCGUGCUUCACGGUUGGGAUAGUGUUCUUCGGCUUGCAAGCCCCCCCUUUUUCCUCCAAACAUAACAAUGGUCAUUAUGGCCAAACAGUUCUAUUUUUAUUUAUAAUAAUAUAAUAAUAAUAUAAUUUGCCAUUUAGCAGACGCUUUUAUUCAAAGCGACUUACAGUCAUGCGUGCAUAAAUUUUUUUUUUUGUGUAUGGGUGGUCCUGGGAUCGAACCCACUACCUUGGCGUUACAAGCGCCGUGCUCUACCAGCUGAGCUACAGAGGUGUGUAUUUCAUCAGACCAGAGGACAUUUCUCAAAAAAGUACGAUCUUUGUCCCCAUGUGCAGUUGCAAACCGUAGUCUGGCUUUUUUGUGGCGGUUUUGAAGCAGUGGCUUCUUCCUUGCUGAGUGGCCUUUCAGGUUAUGUCGAUAUAGGACUUGUUUUACUGUGGAGAUACAUACGUUUGUACAUGUUUCCUCCAGCAUCUUCACAAGGUCCUUUGCUGUAGUUCUGGGACUGAUUUGCACUUUUCGCACCAAAGUACGUUCAUCUCUAGGAGACAGAACACGUCUCCUUCCUGAGCGGUAUGAAGGCUGCGUGGUCCCAUGGUGUUUAUACUUGCGUACUAUUGUUUGUACAGAUGAACGUGGUACCUUCAUGCAUUUGGAAAUUGCUCCCAAGGAUGAACCAGACUUGUGGAGGUCUACACAUUUUUUUCUGAGGUCUUGGCUGAAUUCUUUUGAUUUUCCCAUGAUGUCAAGCAAAGAGGCACUGAGUUUGAAAGUAGGCCUUGAAAUACAUCCACAGGUACACCUCCAAUUGACUGAAAUCAUGUCAAUUAGCCUAUCAGAAGCUUCUAAAGCCAUGACAUAAUUUCCUGGAAUUUUCCAAGCUGUUUAAAGGCACAGUCAACUUCGUGUGUAAACUUCUGACCCACUGGAAUUGUGAUACAGUGAAUUAUAAGUGAAAUAAUCUGUCUGUAAAUAAUUGUUGGAAAAAUGACUUGUGUCAUGCACAAAGUAGAUGUCCUAACCGACUUGCCAAAACUAUAGUUUGUUAACAAGAAAUUUGUGGAGUGAUUGAAAAACAAGUUUUAAUGACUCCAACCUAAGUGUAUGUAAACCGACUUCAACUGUAGGUCUUAGCACGGCUCUUAGCAGUGACUUACCGCUAAGCUCAGCACUUGCCUUUUUCACACCGACAGAACUUGUUACUAAGCCAUUGCAUAACAUUACGAAGGAGUGUUUAUUCCAAACCUGGGACUUAGCCUCUCCCAUCUGCCUUGGUUUACCGAGUGUCUCCACUACAAUGCUCCCCGUGAGUCUAACAGGUACUGUAAUAGGCUUGGCGCUGGAGCUAAAUGGGAUGGAAGAAAGGGAGUCCUGUCGCCUGGUUGUCAUCUCAAACCGCAAAGACGUAACAAAGGCAACGAGAGGCGCCAAGAAGCCUGUCCAAGUUUUCUCCAUUUGGGAGGUGUUGUGUCGUCACACACAUGAAUAAGCACACAUGUGGACACACACACACACACAAACACACACAUACACAUAUGGUGGGCUUUUUCACCGUUUGUGUGUUUGUGUGCGUCUGUUUUUACAUGCAUGUGUGUGUGUGUGUGUAUAGUGAAAGCAGCUGGGUGUCUGCAAACUCAACAGGCCUGUUUGUAUUUGUAUUUGUAUUUCUUAUGGAUGCCCAUUACCUGCUGCCAAGGCAGCAGCUAAUCUUCCUGGGCUCCAGCAACAUUAAGGCAGUUAUAUACGCAGUUAUAUACAAUUAAAAACAUUACAUUACAUUUCACAACAGAUUUCACAACACAUUAAUUAUGUGCCCUCAGACCACUACUCCAAUACCACGACAACACAAAAUCCAUGUGAUUUGGGGACUGUGAAGAAUGCCUGACUAUACCUCGAUUAUGUUGGAGAGGCUUCCAUUAAAGAACAACCUCUGUGUUCUGUUAGACAGGUAACUCUCGAUCCACAAUAUAGCAGGGAAUGUAAAGCCAUAACAUAUAUGUUUUUCCAGCAGCAAAUUAUGAUCGAUAAUGUCAAAAGCUGCACUAAAGUCUAACAAAACAUCUCCCACAAUCUUUUUAUUAUCAAUUUCUCUCAGCCAAUCAUCAGUAAUUUGUGGAAGCGCUGUACAUGUUGAUUGGCCUUCCUUAUAAGUGUGCUGAAAAUCUGUUGUUCAUUUGUUUACUUUAAAAAAGCAUUGUAUCUUGUCAAACACCAUUUUUUCCAAAGGUUUACUAAGGGUUGGUAACAGGCUGAUUGGUCGGCUGUUCGAGCCAGUAAAGGGUGCUUUGCUAUUCUUGGGUAGCAGAAUGACUUUUGCUUCCCUCCAGGCCUGAGGGCACACACUUUCCUGUAGGUUUACAUUGAAAAGAUGGCAAAUAGGAGUGGCAAUAUUGUCCACUAUCAUCCUCAGUAAUUUUCCAUCCAAGUUGUCAGACCCAGGUGGAUUGUCAUUGUUGAUAGACAACAAUCGUUCUUUCACCUCUUCCACACUCACCUUAUGAAAUUCAAAAUGACAAUGCUUGUCUUUCAUAAUUUGGUCAGUUAUGCAUGGAUGUGUAGGUUCAGAAUUUGUUGUUGGCAUGUCAUGCCUAAGUUUUCUAAUCUUGCCAAUGAAAAAAUCAUUAAAGUAGUUGGCAAUAUCAGUGGGUUUUGUGUUGAAGAGCCAUCUGAUUCAAUGAAUGACGGAGCCGAGUUCAAAAAAAGUUAGCCUGACAACAAAAGGCCCCUGAACUCCAAUCCCACCAUUAACAAGGAAUCUUUAACUUUGUUUUGUCCUCUACAAGGGGAUUCUCGCAGGCACCACCCAUUACUGUCCACAUUAAGGACAAACACAAAGAGAGGAGUGAUGAAUGGGACUUCUUUAGGACAGAUAUUUAUUAUUAUCUAGAUUGCAGGGAUGAUUUGCCAGAAUCGUUCACAGGGAUUUGAAGGUGAGGGGUGAUCAAGGCGUUGUUCUCAACAUCAACAUCAGUCCUCUUUAAACCAUCCUUGCUGCUGGAGCCCGAUCCGCCCGGGACCUUGUAGAGAUGGAUUGCUCCUCACCCAUCUCUGUGUAGUACCGCUUCAGUUUUGGAGGGGGUCUUUGGAGCAUUUUGCAUCUGGUUCUCAAAUUCUAUGGAGAGCGGGUGUGUGUUAAAGUAACCAGGCGCAGCCUGUUCUCAUUGCUUUGCAGGUGAAAUACGGUUAAUUGCGAAAGCUAUGCUGCUGCCACUUAUGUUUACACACUGCGCUCUAUCUCAUCAUCUCCCGCCAUAACCAUAUUAAUUAGUGAACAGGUAGAUGUGCGUGCGUUCAUGGCUCAUAUUGAUUAAAGCAGUAAGGGGGACUGUAAUUGGAUAACAGCACGAGGGGUGUGUGGAAGGGGAGCUUUACACUCAUGGCGGCUGCUUGUGAGUUCUUGUCUUCUGCUCUCAGAUGUAGCGAUAAAUUACGAUUCCCACUCCGUGUCUCCACAGUAACACACCAAGCUGACAGCACACGGAGCUGUGGCUGAGACUGAGGUGGAUAGGGUUUAGCAAGGCAAGUCUACAAGGUCUUCUUGGGAGGGAGAGUGACUUUUGAGGAAAAUAAGGGUGAAAUGCUGUAUGACUGACAGACAGGUAAAAUAAUCUAGUUUAAUGACAUGCUGCUCUGUACCAUAGUUAUGCCAUAUCCACCUUUUUGUUGAAAGUGUCAAGAAUAUCGAAAGACUGUGAUGCAAAGGUAAUAAUGAGGUGAGACUAGGGUUGCAAUUCUACUGGUAAUUUACCAAAAUUACCGGAAUCUUCUGUAAUUUUGGUAACAGAUAAUGUAUGGCAAUCUAUGGUAAUUUUGGUAAUUUAUGCUUGAAUAACAAAACAAAAAUCUGUAUUCAUAUAUAGUAUAAUUUGUUUUAUAUCUGUGUCCAUAUAUUGUCCAAGAGUUUCUAUUGGAUAGACCAUAUGGUUCAAUAGAAAAUAGCCUAAUUAAUGAAAAAAGCAUCUAAUCAACAAUGGCAUUGUUUUCAAUUAACUCUGCAACACCUCCAACUAUUGACUUUUUACACGACUGCCACCAGUUUGGCGCCAAAACAUUUACAACAAAGACAUAUUGACAUAGUAAAAUAAAUAAUUGUGUAAAAUAAUAUAUAGGAUAUUUCAUGCUGAAACCCUCAUAUUACCCCUUACUCGUGGGAAUUGGCCUAUAUGGAUAGGGCUAAAUUGAAAUGUUUCUUGCAGAAGAAAUGUGGAAAGCAUAUGCAUAACCAUGGUAGCAAUCAAAAGGGAACAGUUUGGAGAUUGUGGGAAAUGUAUUAGACUGAAUCCAAACAUUACACUGUUGAUUUUAUGUGCAUUUGACAUUUACUGUACUUUUCUCUAUAUUUGUUGAUAACGAAAUCUGACAAUACUCAGUAACAUGAUAAGAAUAUUAAAAUAAAAUUUGGGGUAUGUGCAACAUAAGACAAAAAAAUGACAAGGGUUUGAGUGAGAGGUCUAACGUCUCCAAGUGGCCACAUAAUUCUCCAAAGUGUGCACAAUUCCUACGCAAUUCCAAUGCACGUUUAUAACUCAAAGAAGAGUCUUCAACUAUAAGGUGUUUUUUUUUAGCUCUCCUAGAUGUGCUGUUGAGGAACUAGAGCAAGCAGACUUGUAGUUGUUUUUGGAACACAGUCCCGCAUCCCGCCAUCACAUAAUUACUGUUGUUUACGCAUUCCAAAAACGGUCCAAUAACUUAAUCUGGUCAGGUGGGCAUCAUUUGAAAGCUUGUUUUAUUGCCAACAUGGCUGGCUAAGUUACAAAAUAUGAUCUUACAGUGUUUGGCUUUCACAAGUCAAUUCAGAGAAGCAGAUCGUAAUUUUGGUGUGCAUAGAAUAGAGUCAUGAGUGCAUUCUGGUACAUUUUCCCCGCCAGAGUUCUUCACAAUAGGACAAACAAAGGUUAAUUCUGUUCAGAACAACCCAGGGUAUGACACCAUGUCAUCCUGUACAUCAAACAUAAUGAUCAUAAACGUCAACACUGUAUAUUACAGGGGUUUUAUGAUAUGGAAAUGUGAAGUAACAGGUGUGUUUGUCUUGCUUGUAUAACAUCAAAGCCAUAGUUAUUAUAAUCCUCAACGUCCCACCUUUCGAAAUACACAGAGUCCUCUUUAUUUACAGCAUUUCCCUCACUCAAACGACAAAAGAAAAAUGCUAAAGUUGCCCAAUUAGCGGGAGGCAACUUUUUGUCGCGCGCAGUGUUCAAGUUCAGAACCGCUGUCAGUCAAAGACAAUACUGCGCUGUGAAGCAGAGACCUUGAACUCUGACAUCAUGUGUAGCAUGUUACUGUACGGCCACUGCGUUACAAUUUCGGCGCUUAUCAGUGUCCAAAUCUGCUAUUUUGAACCCCUAUACGGGUACGCGUGUAAAAUGCUAAACACUAAUGGUACUCACUAAGUUGAUGGUCUAUAUUUAUGAUCAUGUUUUACACUUUGUCAUUCUAUUUUUUCUUUUAAAAUCAUCUUCUUUUUAUUUUUUGGGAUAUUUUACAUGUGAUAAGGCCACACGGAGGGCCAGAGAUAAUUACAGACACCUUUGAUAAUCUGAAGUACCCAAAAGGGCUACUAGAUGCCUUGUGAUAAAUUGCAUAAAAUCCUUGAAAGUUACUAAAAUGUAUGGUAAUUUACUGGUAAACUUCAAAAGUGUCUAGUAAUAUACACUCGCUUUGCAAGUCUAGGCGAGACAGACAUCAUAGAAAUGAAAUAAAUGGAGUGAGAUUAAUAUCUUCAGGUUUGAGCUUUUUUAGUAUUGAACAGCCAGGAUGGAGAGGAUUGUGAUUCUGAUUGGAAUACAAUGGGACAGGAAGCAGCAGUAGAAACUGCAAUCAAUGAGUCUGUGUGUUCUCAUAUUUGGUUAUACAAUAAAAAGCCUCCUCAGCAGAUAUCCGCAUGUCUCAUUCUCCAGCCUCUCUGCGGGGUUCCUCACCGGAUUUUCAGAAAACAAGCUGAGUUUUUGACCAGAGCAGGCAUAUUUAAU